GAAGUAAGAGUUCCACAACAGCAAAAAGAGUUGAGCUUGGAGGCAUCACCAGGCCACUCGUGUUCCGGCUCCAUGAUAGUGUACCUUCAUUAGUUCGUGAAAUUUUAUUGGAACGUGGUUGGAUUGAAUAUGAUGAGAAUGAACAAAAUAAUGAAGACUGGAACUUGUAUUGGAGGAAUUGCCCUUUCCGGAUGACAGAACACCAGAGCAUCAAACCAUGGCAGAGGCUCAAUCACCAUCCAGAAACCAUCAGAAUCACUCGGAAAGAUUAUUUGGCAAGACAUCUGAAACGCAUGAAGGGGAUUUAUGGAACCACCCUUUAUGAGUUCAGUCCAGUGGCCUUCAUCAUGCCCAAUGACUAUAUAAAAUUUAUAACUGAGUACUCCAAGGAGAGGCAAAUACCAGGAAAAAAGCUGAGUUACUGGAUCUGCAAACCAGUUGAUAGGUCUCGCGGGAGAGGCAUUCUCAUUUUUCAAGACAUUAAGGAUUUUGUUUAUGACUGCAUGGUAAUUGUGCAAAAAUAUAUUAGUAACCCUUUGCUUAUUUCCGGAUACAAAUGGGACCUCCGUAUUUAUGUUUGUGUUACAAGCUUUUAUCCCCUUACAAUUUAUAUAUAUGAAGAAGGACUGGUGAGGUUUGCAACAGAGAAGUUUGACCUGAGAUCCCUUGACAACAUUUACGCUCACCUGACAAACACAAGCAUCAAUAAGUUUGGGCCAUCAUACAGAAAGGACAAAGAAGUCAUUGGCUCUGGUUGCAAAUGGACUUUUAGCAAAUUGCGGGCCUAUUUACGGAGCUGCAGUGUUGAUGACCUGCUCCUGUGGAAAAGAAUCAACCAUGUAGUCAUUCUAACUUUGUUGGCCAUCACCACUUCAGUACCAUUUACGUCCAACUGCUUUGAACUCUUUGGGUUUGACAUAUUGGUUGAUGAGAAAAUGAAACCCUGGCUUCUCGAAGUAAACCACAGCCCAGGUCUGCGUUUAGACUGUGCCAGUGAUGUCACUGUCAAAAGGAAGCUGCUCCAUGACAUU